AUGGCAAGCCUUGAUCAGAUCUUGGACGCCGCUGCUGCUGCUGCUGCAGCGGCCGCUGACAGCAGCAGCGGCGGCCAUGGCGAGACCUCGGUCAAUCAGCGCAUCAAGCUAUGCCGGAUCGUCGCGCCGGCCACGGGCGCGUUCCAGUGGGCGGCGCUGCUGGAUGCGUGCCGCGGCGACGGCGGCGACGGCGGGGUGACGCCUGUAGGGCGACGGGUCACCGCGGCGGCGCUCGCGCUCGCGCAGUUGGAUGCCGCGCCCGCCCGCUACUCCACCCGCGACGUGCGCGAGCUGCUGCUGUCCGCGCUGCUGCCGCUCGCGCGCGCCGCGGCGGGCGCCGGCGAGGGCGGGGCGCUGGCGGCGCGGCAGCUCGCGGCCGCCGCGGCCGCCCUGCUCCGGCGCCGCGGCGAAUGGGAGCUUGCCGGCGAGCUGCUCGCCGCAGCGGCGGCCGCGGCGCUGGCGGCCGCGCCGCCGGAGGGCGUCGGCGCAAGCGUCGGCGUAAGCGCCGGCGGCGGCGGCGGCGCGCCGGGCGGGCAGGGGGACCAAUCCAGUGCCUGGCCGCUCCCGCCCGGCCUGAGCGGCGUGUUUGUGUCCGACUUGGUGGCUGCAGCCGCGGCGGACUCGGCGGCCCGCGCUGCGCACGGGCGCGGCAGCAGCGACGGGGACGCGGAUGAGCAAGGGCCGUGGCAGUUCCUCCGCUGCGCCGCGGAGGGGGCCCUAUUAAAUGCCGCGCUCGCGUGCCUGCGUGCGCCCCGCGGCGACCUGCGCCGCGCGGCGCUGCAGCUGCUGCUUCCCUCCGCGCUCGCCGCGGCCCGCGCCGCCGCCGCUGCCGUUGAAGACCCCGCCGCCGCCGUUGAAGACCCCGCCGCCGCGGCGCCGGCGGCGCUGCCUGAGGUGUGGCAGGCAUGCGUGGGGAUGCUGGCGAGCGGUGGCCUUGCACGGCGGAUGGGGCUCGCCGUGCUGCUGCAGCACGCAGACUGCUGGGAUGUCCCGCCGCCGGCCGGCGCGGGGCUUGGCGGCGGACGCGAGGACGGCGCCGGGGCGGGCGGCGGCGCGGGCCCGUGUGAGAGCGGCGCGAACGAGGGCACGCAGCAGCGGCAGCAGCAGCAGCAGGAGCAGCGGCAGCAGCAGCAGCAGCAGCAGCAGCAGCAGCAGCAGCAGCAGCAGCAGCAGCAGCAGCCACGACUCGCUGUGCAAGCAGAGGACGCGGAGCGCUUCUGGGGGCUGCUGCGUGGCUGCCUGUCAGACCCCGAGCCCCUCAACCGCAAGCGCGCGCUGCGCCUGCUGCAGGCGCUGCUGCCGCCCGGCGCGGCGGCGGUGGCGGCGGCGGGGCGGCCGGCGUGGGCGGCAUGGAUGGGGGUGUAUGGCUCCCUGGAGGACUUUACACAGCACCUGCAGGCGGCGACGUGGCACUUGGUGUCGCAGCUGCACCCAGUAGACCCAAGGCACGCUGACCGGGACGCAGACACGGACGCUCGGUCAAACGCGCGAUCUGACAGGGUCAACGCCGGCGGCCGUGCCGGCGGUCGCGGCGGCGCGCGCGGGCACGGGCGCGGCGCGGGCGCAGGGGGGGCGGCGGCAGCGGACGCGGCGGCAGCGGCGCAGCCGGCGCUGCCCUUUGAGUGGACAGAGGUGCUGUGGCGGCUGGCGCUGAGUCACGAGCAAAUAACAGUGCAAAGGGCGGCCAUGCGGACGCUCCUCAAGCGGGACUGGCGGCCGGAGUUCGCCAGGCAGGUUCCCGCCAGCUUCCUGUCUGGCUGCCUCCUGCCGGCCCUAAACUCGCCAGUGCAUCACGCUGCUGGCGGCGGCGGCGGCGGCGAUGCGGCGUUUGAUGCGGGCGCCGCUGCAGCCGAGUUCGCAGGCGCGUGGGCCACGGCGGCAGCGCCCGGAGACGUGCGCGCGCUGGUGUCAGACUUGCUGUACGCGCUCGCAUCGCCUGCGGCCCCGAGGGAGCUCACGCGGCCGGGGGUGCUCUCAUACAUAUCAUGUGCGCUGGCCGCGGCGCGUGGGGCAGGAGCCGGGCUUCUAGACUGGCCAGCCGCUGCGGCGGCGGCGGCGGCGGCGGCGGAGGGGGACGAGCCGCGGGGUAGCAGCAUCCGCAGCAGCGGCGGCGGCGGCGAGGGCGGCAGCGGCAGCGGCGGUGCCGACGAGUGCAGCAGCAGCCACCGGUGGGCAUCCGAGCAGCUGCACAAGCUCGCCUCGUUCUUGGCCGCCGGCGGCUGGCGGCACGGCGCCGCCGCGCGCGCCGACUGCUGCCGCGCGGCGCUCCGCCUCGCCGCGCGCCUCGCGCCGCGCGGCGGUGCUGGGGACGGCCGGUUUGCGGCUUCGCUGCGUGUCCUGACGGCUCUGCCUGCCUGGUGCGAGGCACCAGAGGGUGGUGAGCUGCAUUUCGAAGCCAGGGCCUGGCUGCUAGGAGAGGACGCGUCGCAGCAGGCGCAGCAAGAGGCGCAGCAAGAGGCGCAGAAUGAUGGACGGCUGCAGGCGGCAGGGGCGGAGAGCGCGGCCGCGGUGGAAGCGGAGGCGGGCCGGCUGUGGGACGUGUAUUUUGAGGCCGGCGGCGACGGCGCCGCGGCGGGAAGCGGGACAGGCAGCGGCGGCGGCGGGGCGCAGCGGCGGCCGAGCGGGGCGAGCGAGCUGGUCUUGAUCUGCGGCCCCGAGCUCCGCACCCACGCGCGCGCCGCUGCAUCCGACCUCGCGCGCCGCGCCCGGGACUGCUACUCCCGCCCCUACCUGUCUCCCUCCCUCCGCGACCGCGCGCUGUGCAUGCUGUGCGGCGCCCUCGGCGCCGCCGAGCGCGCGGCGGCGCUCGCGGCCGCGGCUGGGGCCGGGGUUUCUUCCCUCGAUGGCGGCGGCGGCGCGUCGGCGGGCGGCGGGGGCGCCGCCCUGCCGCCGCUUGCGGUCGAGUUGGUCGGGGCGCUUUCACAGGGCGCGUUUGCAGAGAGCCUCGCAGACUAUGCUGAGCUGGCAUGCGCGUCCGCCGGCUGGGACGGACACAGCGGCCGUGGCGACGGCGGCGUGGGAAGUGGGGCUGUGGGCCAAGGCAACGAGAACGGGGGCGGCGGGCUUUCGCCAGAGGAGUGGGCGGCGGGGGCGCGCGCGGAGGCAGCGGUGAAGGCGGCCGCGCUCGCGGCGGCACUGCUGGCGCGCGCGGCGGCGGGUGCCGGCGGCGGCAGGGGGCUCCUUGAAGGGCUAUCAAAGGUAACAGGCAGUCUGGCGGCGAUAGGGAACCGCAUCGCAUCAAUGGGCGUGCCGGAAGGCGUGGUAUUGGCAUCCCGAGGCGGCGCCGGCGGCGCGGCAGAGCGCCGCGCAGCGGCGCUGCGCGCGCUGCAGACUGCGGCCUCCGGCCUGCGCCGCGCGGCCGCCGCCGGCGCGGGGCCGCGAGUGCUGCCGGCGUGGGGGGACGUCGAAGGCUGGGCGGCGGCGGCGGCGGGGAUUGCGGCCGCGCCAGCAUGCGGGGGCGCCGACGCGUUGGGAGUCAACGAUACGGAUCCGAAUCCGAUCAAUGUUGACUGGUCCUGCCUGGCGGCGGUGCUGGACCUAUUGGAAGCGCUGGGCGAUGAUGUCACUCGCGGCCAGCCACAAGCAGCUGCCGGGCAGCUACCGGAGCCGCUGCUGCUCGCGCUGUUCCCCGCGGCGCUCGACGCGCUGAGGUGGACGCCCGACGAGGCGGGCCUGUUGGAGGUGGUGCGGUGCGCGCGGCGGCUGUGGGCGGCGGCGCUGGCGGCCCCUCCAGAGCUCCAGGCCCACCUCGCCGCCGCCCUCGAGCGCGGCGACGCCCCCACGCCACCACCCGCGCCUCCGGUCGCCGCCGCCGUUGCCGCCGCGCCGGCUCGGAUCGCGGCCGCGCUCUGCGCCGCGCUGCUCGACGCGCUGACGUCGCUCAAGCGGCGCCCCGUGGCGCUCUGCUCCGCGCUGCUCGGGGCGGCGCUGCUGCCCGCCGCAUUCGAUCGGCCGGACCUCUCUUCCCUCCAUUACGCAGCGGCGCCCCCGCCGCGCGCCCCUCCGCCUUCCUCGUCGCCGCCAUCACCGCCAUCUGGAGAUCCACCAUCCGCGACCCGCCGCGAGGCAGCGCCAGGGACUUCCCAAAAUCGAGAUCCGGAAGCCGAAGGGGCGGCCCCAGGACCCCUGAGAUCCCUCGUCCAGGGGGCGCUGCGGCUGUCGGCGCGCAGCCCCGCGCUCGGCAUCGCGCUGGCGCUGCAUCUGGCGGCGCUGGCAGCCGGGGGCGGGCCGCGCGGCGCGGCAGCGCUGGCGUGGUAUGGGCCCGAGCUGCGGCAGCUGCUGAUGGGGCGGUGCCCUGAAGGCGGGUUGUCCACGUUUGCCGGCUCCGCUGACGACCUGGGCGGCGCGGCCACGCAGGAGCCCAAGGAGCUGCGGUAUCUGAGGGGCCAGGUCGACCCCUCCCUCGGCCCCGCCCUGCUGGCUGGCGAGGCGGCGCCACGACUGGCCGUGGCUGCGGCGCUGGCGAGGCUCGGGGCGCGGCUGGGGCUGGGGGAGGGGGACGAGGCGCCACGGCAGCUGCAGCGGCGGCAGGGAGACGCGGAGGAGGAGCGGCAGCAGCAGGGGAAGCGGCGGCCGCAGGAGCAGCAGCAGCAGCGACGGCGGCAGGAGGAGCAGCAGCGGUGGGAGCAGGGGCAGCGACCGGACGAACUGGAGGAGGAUGGGGUGGAGUGGCGGGAGCAGGCGCUGGCGGCGGGCCUCAGGUUCUGGAAGGAGCUCCUGCAGGAGGUGACCACAGACCCGCGGCUGUGCUGCGAGUGCGUCAAGUCGGGGGGCGACGCCCACCGCCUGCAGAUGCGCGCGUGGCAGGCCUUGCUAGUGGCGCUGCGCUUCUGCAGGGAACCCCCAGACGUUGCGGAAGCUGCCCGAGCCGUGCUGGCCGCAGCGUCGCGCAACGCGCCGGCCAACUUGAAGCAUCUCCAGGAGGCCGCCUUGACCAUCCUGGUCUUGAGGCAGCCGCAGCUGCUGGAGUCUCAUGUGCUGCCGCUGGUCGAGGCCUACGCCCGCCACACGCCCGCGACGCCCACCGCCGUCGUCGUCGCCGCACAGGCGGGUCCGGCGCUGCUGCACGGCCCGCCCGCCCUCCGCGCCCGCCUGCUGGGCCGCACGCUGCGUGCCAUGCUGCCGUGGUGCGCCACCCAGAACAACAGCCUGCGGGCGUUCACGCUAAUCACGCUCGGCGGCAUCUUGGACGGGUUGGGCUUGCCUGGGGCGGCCCCUGCUGACGUGGCGGGCCCUGCUGACGUGGCAGCCAAUCGCAGCAGCGACGGCGACGGCGGCGGGGACGGGGCCGGCAGUCCAAGCGCCAAGGACGGCGGCCGCGGCGGCAGCAGUGGGGAAGCCGGCGGCGGCGGCGGCGGCGUCGGCGGCGGGGCCAGCGCUGGCCGCGGUGGCGGUUUUGAUGGAGGGGGCGGCGACAGACGCGCGGGGCUGUGGGAGGGGCAGCUGGGAGCAGGCGGGGUCCAGCUGCUGCAGCAGAUGCGGGCCUUCCUGGACUCAAACGCUGACGUGGCGCGGAUUCGGCGCGCCCUGGGGCCGGCGCUGCUGCAGCGGCGGCCGUACGAGGCCACGUCUCCGCGGGCUGUCUACUGCGGCAGCUCCGGAGGGGACGGCGAUGACGUCACCAUGACGUUCGAGGGCGCCCCCGCCGGACUGAUGGACCGGGUGCAGGCCUACAUCGCCGGCGCAAGGGCUGACCUGCGGGAGGAGAUGGCGGACCGGGAGGCGGCAGCCGAGAUCGGCGGUUUGACCGGCGGUUUGACCGGCGGUUUGACCGGUGGUUUGACCGACGAUUUGACCAUGUCUGAACGACAGGCGGCGGGCGGCGGGGUCCAGAGGAAGCUGACGCCGUUUGAAAGGGCUGCGCUGAUCUCAGAUCUGUUUGGGCCAGAGGAGGGGGAAGACGCGUCCCGCGGCGGCGACGGUGGCUAUGGCGGCAGCGGCGGCGACAGCAGCGGUGGCGGGGACGCAGCGGCGGCGCGGGGGCAGCGGCAGACGGGGGCCGGCAGUCAAGGCGCCGGGGCAGCCGCAGUCGCGCCGCUCGCGCCGUCGGCUGGGCCGGGGCUGGCAGGCGAGCGGGCGGCGAUCCUGGUGGCGGCCGGCGUGACGGCCGGGCAGCUCGACGCUGCGGCCGCGGCGGCGCGAGCCCUGCCUGCCGUGGCGCCGCUGCCUGACGGGCGGCCCCGACAGGAGCUGCUGGUGGUGGCCUCCCUCAUAGACAAGGCGCCCAACCUCGGAGGCCUCGCGCGCACCGCUGAGAUCAUGGGAGCCUCCGGCCUCGUGCUGGCCGAUGCAAGGGUGACGUCGGACACCGCCUUCGUCGGCGUCAGCGUGACCGCGGAGCGCUGGGUGCCGAUCAUAGAGGUUUCCGAGGCGGCGCUUGUGCCGUGGCUGCUCAACCGGCGGGACGAGGGCUACGCCCUCGUCGGGCUCGAGCAGACCUCCGACUCCCGCAGCCUCCCCUCCUUCGCCUUCCCCCGCCGCUGCUGCCUCGUCCUCGGACGGGAAAAGACGGGCCUGCCGCCCUCCCUGUUGGCCCUUAUGGACGAGUGUGUGGAGAUCCCCCAGUUCGGCGUGGUCAGGUCGCUCAACGUCCACGUCAGCGCGGCGGUUGCGAUGUACGAGUACACGCGCCAGGGGCCGCUGGUGGCGCCCGGCGGCGGGUGCGGCGACGGGGGCGGCGCCACAUGGGGUGGCGGAUGA